ACGAAAGUUACAUCAACAUAACCUACAUGCAAUGCACGUUUGUGUUUGUUACUCCUUUAUUUGCGAAUAAUGUGACUUCGAGAUGCAUUUGUUUCACUAUUUUUCCUGAUUUCAGUUAAAAGUCUAUCUCAUAAAAAAAUCAGUUAUUAUUCUUUCAUCAGGUUAGUAAUAAAUUUAAAACAAGAACAACUUUAUUUUGUAAUAAACUACAUGUGUAUAAAAAACAUGAAUAUGUAAUAUAGAUUUUCAUUUGUAAAUGUCGUAAAUGUCAUAAAAAAAUCAGAAAUGCGACGUGCUCGUUUAAAAGUACAGGCGACUGUGCCAAUUCGUCGAAAAUUACAAGAGCAAGCAAAAGCCGACGAUUCAAAUAAUUUGCCUUCAGAUGCAGAUAAACAAAGUUUGCAUCCUCCAUCAAAUGAGUCAAUUUCAAAUUCUAAUUUUGACGGGGGGAAAUCUGCAAAUUCGAUUUCUAUUUCAAAUACUAACACUGACAAUAAACAAAAUGAGUCUGAAAAAUCAGCAAAUUCUGUUGUGGAGACUGAGAAUGAUGCAGAAAUCACAAUUGAAUUACAUAAUAUGAAACAAGAAUUUGUUGAAAAUAUUGAGCAAAGUCGAAAAAUUGAAAUUAGUCAGGAUAAUAAUAAGAUAGAAAAUUCCAACAAUAUUCAAAUUAUUAAUGAACCAAAUGAUUCGAAUAACGAAACUGAGAAACAAAUUACAGCGAAUAGAGAUGAUAAUGUUGACAAAAAUCAAAGUGAUCAAGAUACUCAAGAAACUUUGAGUUCGCAUGUUGAAGUGAAUUCUUCAAAACAAAUUGCGAAUCGUUCGUGCUUUAUGCGACCGGUUCCACGACUCGACAGUGGCGGAAGAAUACGAAAAAAUAGCAUUCAAGGAAGUGGGGCGAGUGCAAGUGAAUCUGAAGACGACAGUAGAAAAUCAUCAUCUACUCCCAUGCGUGUAAGAAACGAUUCAAUUUGUUCUGUACAAAGUAACAAGGAGCUAUCAAGUGGUGCUCAUAAUAUUUCAAAAAUAAAAGUCGGCCAACAGAAGAGACGAUUAACAGUUUCGGAAUCAGCAAAAAAAUUAGCCGAUGCACGAAGGGAAUUUAUGCUUAAACACGAGAACAAAACACCCGAUCGAACUAAAUUGACAAUGUACGAUUUGAUUUAUUAUAAUCCAGUUACAAAUCCAAUGACAAGAUCGGAAAAUUCAGCGGCCGCCAGAAAAAUGUCCGUUAGCUCAAAUGCCGCGGAAGAUCAACAGGAAAAUGAUGACGAGGAGGAGGAGGAGGAGGAGGAAGAAGAGCAACCAACGGCAAUGCCCGUUCCUCGAGUGAAAGUUGGUCCCGAUGGACAAUUGAUUGUCGAUGAAAAGAGUUUAAUAAUCGAGCGAACCGAGCAAAAGAAUAGAUCUGGACCAAUUGUACACGAUGAAACGAAUGGAGGUGGUUUUUAUAAGCGACGUCAAAAAAGCAAAGACUGGUCAAAAUGGGACACUUUACGAUUUUAUAAAGCACUCAGUAAUAUUGGCACUGAUUUUCUUUUAAUGCAAAGAUUUUUCCCAAAGAGAACGCGACAAGAAUUGAAACUCAAAUUUAAAAAGGAGGAAAAAACAAAUAGACAAUUAAUUGAACAGGCCCUUAAGUGUCAGGUUUUCGAUCAAGAUCUUUUAAAGGAGGAAAUGGAGAUUUUUGCGGAAAAUGAAAGAAAAGAAGCGGAGGCCUUAAAAAUGAAAACGGAAGUGGCUAAAAAACAGAAAUCGAAACGUCCCUCCAAGUGUCGCUUCGUGAUUGGAAGUAUCGAAGAACUCGGAAAUUCUGGGGACGAGGAUAUCGACGGCGAUUUAAGCUCCGGCGAAUCGAGAAACGAGGACUCACAGAAAAAAUCGAGACGAACGAGACGUAAGCGUAAAUCCCUAAAUUCAUUGUCAGUUUAUGAUGAGACAAAUGAAUCUAGUAGCGAUACGGAGGACAUGGAAAUUUAUAAUGUGAAACCAACGAGAUCGGGACGAUUGCCAAAGAGACGAAAAUUACAAGCACCAAAUAUUGAAUCGUCCGAUUAUUCCGAUGCUGACGAGUCAAAAGCACAAGAAUCGGAAUUGAAAAAUACCCCAGAAACCGAACGAUCUGAGUCACAGUCGCAUGACAUUAUUUCGAACGUCAUUCCCAAUAUGAAAGAUAUUGAGCCCGGUUCUUUAGUUAUUAUAACUCGUGAAUCACCUGGCGAACCAGGAAAAACUGUCGUACAGGUUUAUAUGGUAAGUAAAGAUUAUAAUGCAAACGAUCCAAAUUCCGAACAAAAUAUGACACCAGUCGAUUUAUCGCCAGAACUUUUGGCGACAGUUAAUUCGAAAAUUUCUGAAGCACAACCCGUGCAUGUCAAAUCACAAGCGACAAACGUUAAUGAAUAGCAAUUUAGUAUGGGUUCAAUGUUAGACAAUUUCAAACUAAAAACAGAACUCAAAACCCUUUUUGUUUAAAACUAUAUUGAUAGUUUAUUCUUUUUAGUUUCACUUUACGUUUUGGUAUUGAAACUCUAUUACAUUUUUCGAAUAAACUAAAAAUUAUGUGAUUAAAAAGAAGAAUUAUUUGCCAAUCUUGUAUAGAAGAAUAUUAUUUUUCUUUCUACAUUAAUUAUCAGCUUUACACACGGAGAGAAAUGUGUUACGAAUAAUGGUAGAGACAUGUUGGUUCGUUUUUCGCAUAGACGUCUGUACCUAAUUUUGCAAAGGCCGGUGUUAACUUUGCACAGCUUUGUGCCCACUUGUGCCACAGUUGCUCAAAUCCAUGAAAAAUCAGCAUGGAUUUCUUGCAACUUACGCAUGGUGGUGUGUAUGCGCUUUUAGUACGACCUCCUCAUGCGCUAAGAGCAACAGAUUUCUCUCCGUGCAGUAAAGAGCAAUUUUUUUUCUUUAUAUUAGUGGUAAAUGUCGUUUAUAAAGUGUACAUUUGUAAUUGUACUUUUCUACUUGUAGUUGACACUUAGAACUAUGAUACAAGAAACUACGCAUCCUGUUUUUUGUUUUCCCAAAUCAAACUUGUUAAAAACACGUUUUAUAAUGAAUUAUAUUAUUACUUUAAUAAAAUAUCUAAAGUUCAAACAUA